GCGCGAAAUUUCCUGGCAAUGAAUGUGUUCUACGCUUGGCAGUCAGUGCGGCGCAUUUCGAGAACCGCAACAGUCUUGUCAAGAUCUCUUUCGACCUGUAAAAAGGCAAAACCAAUCAAAAUGGCACUGAAAUCACCGAUGAUGAAGUUCUACAACUGCUACGAGGUACCGGCCUUCGGUCUCGGUACAUGGAAGUCGGAGCCUGGGAAAGUUGCUCAGAUUGUUAAGGACGCGAUUGAUGUCGGAUACAGACACAUUGAUUGUGCCUUUAUCUAUGGCAACGAGAAAGAAGUUGGCGAAGCGCUUAAAGCGAAAAUGGAUGAGGGUGUUGUGAAGAGGGAGGAGCUUUUCAUUACGAGCAAGCUGUGGAACACUUUUCACCGACAGGAUUUAGUCGAACCUUCCCUUAAACAAUCUUUGAAAGAUCUAAAUCUCGAGUACUUAGACCUCUAUUUAAUUCACUGGCCAAUGGCGUACAAAGAAGGAGAUGAUCUUCAGCCAAAGAAUAAGGAUGGCACUUUUGCCAUGAGCGAUGUGGAUUAUCUGGACACGUGGAAAGGCAUGGAGGCUGUAAUGUGCAAGGGACUCACCAAGAACAUUGGUGUUAGCAAUUUCAAUUCUGAGCAAAUAGAGAGGCUAUUAAAGAACUGUACCAUCAAACCAGUUACGAACCAAAUUGAGUGUCAUCCAUACCUCACCCAAAAGAAGCUCUCGAAUUUCUGUGCUGAAAGAGGCAUUCUGGUUACUGGCUACAGCCCUCUCGGUUCACCCGAUAGACCAUGGGCUAAACCUGAAGAGCCAAAAUUGCUGGAUGACCCUAAACUGGGUGAAAUUGCGAAGAAGUAUAACAAAACGCCUGCGCAAAUACUGAUUCGAUACCAGUUGGACCGUAAUCACAUCGUUAUUCCCAAAACAGUUACCAAAGCCAGACUUACAGAGAACAGCCAGGUCUUUGAUUUUAAACUUUCUCCGUCAGAUAUUGCGUGUAUCGAUACUUUCGACUGCGGUGGCAGAUUUGUUCCUAUGACUGGAACGGAGAAGAGUCCUUAUUUUCCCUUCCACAUUCCGUUCUAAAAGAGCUGAGUUAAGUUAAGAACUAAUAGGUACAAACAACUCCGAUUGUAAUUAUUUGCAGAAUAUUUUCUAUAUAUAUAUUUUUUACGUAAUAAAAUUCGUAUAAAAUAAA